CUCCCAUUUCUUCGUCGCUGAACCCCCAACGGCCGCCACAGUCCGAGUUAGGGUUUUAGGAAUCUAUCGCCGGCGGCCAUGAUCGGCCGUUUGAUCCCCUUACGCCUUUUCCGCUCCUCCGGGAGCCUCCGACUUUCCCGCUAUGGCGUCGCUUCUGCUGCCGCUCACCCGUCCUCCGUCUUCAGCACUCAUCCCGAAGAUUAUCCUCUCGGUUCGAAGUUUUUUACUACCCGCUCAUCGAGGUCGGGUCUUGGCCCGGGGACGCGGGAAAAUCGGAGAGGCGAUUUCAAGUCGAGGGGUGCUGCUGGGCAAGCGAAGAGUCUGAUCGACGACGAAGCAGAGCUCAGCGAUUGGGUCAGUGAUCUGAAGAAGGAUUCCUUUCGCUUGAGAAUGAAGAGCGAUGAUGACGAGGAAUCGGAUGGGGAGAUGCACAGGAGUUAUAAAGGAAGGGGUAGAGGUCGAGAUAGCGACGAGUUCAGUUCCAGGGGAAGACGGUCUAUGAUGGAUAGGUCGCCUUCUAGGAAUGAUGGGGGUAGAGGUCGAGAUAGCGAUGAGUUCAGCUCCAGGGGAAGACGGCCAAUGAUGGACAGGCCCCCUUCUAGGAAUGAUAGGGGUAGAGGUCGAGAUAGCAAUGAGUUCAGCUCCAGGGGAAGACGGCCGAUGAUGGACAGGUCGCCUUCUAGGAAUGAUGAUUUUUCUCGGGAAUCUAGUAGCGGGAAGUUCCGAAGUUUUGAAGGUGGAAGAGGUGGUUCUUUGCGGUCAAUGAAGGAUAAGCCACUGUCAAGGAUGCAGCGGGAUGACGAUUUUGAUGAUUUUUCUGGACCAUCUGGUAAAUUUAAGUCUCGUGCUUCCAGGAAUUCACUGGUUAAGAGACGGUUUGAUAGUGAUUUAGAGGAUGAUGAUGAUGAUGAUGAUGAUGAUGAUGAUGAUGAUGAUGAAUUUGGUUCUUCGUCUAGGAAAAGCAAGGGGCGGGGUGGUCAAAAGAUGCCUUCUACAUUUUCAAGAAAAGAUAAAAGAGAUAACGACUUGAGCUUUAAACAGAUGCGAGGCGUGGAUAGGUCGGCGGUUUCAGAAUCAGAUGAGGAGGUUUCAGAAUCAGAGGGAGAGGAAGAUGAAGAAACUGAGCAUGAGGAUGAUGUAUCUGGUUUUAGUGAUGAUUUUUUUGGCAACAAAGAUGAAAAAGAGGGGUCUGUUAAUGAUCUCUUGACGAGCUUAGGUUCCACCAAGUUAGGAAAUGAAGACAAUGCACACUCAGCGCCAAAAAAAUCAGAUUCAAGCAGUGAUUCUUACCUGAGUGAAACUAGAUUUGAUGAGUGCUCCAUCUCACCUUUGACGCUUAAAGGAGUAAAAGCAGCUGGAUAUGAGAAGAUGACACUUGUGCAAGCAGCGACCCUUCCUGUAAUACUUCAAGGUAAAGAUGUUCUGGCAAAAGCAAAAACUGGAACUGGGAAAACUGUUGCAUUUUUGCUUCCAGCAAUUGAAGUUGUCUCAAAAUUACCUCCUGUUGAUCGCGAUCAAAGAAGACCACCAAUCAAUGUUCUUGUUAUUUGCCCUACUCGUGAGCUUGCAGAUCAAGCUGCUGCAGAGGCUGAUAAGCUUCUUAAAUUUCAUCCAUCAAUUUGUGUACAAGUGGUGAUGGGCGGAACACGAUUAGCACUAGAACAAAAAAAGAUGCAAACUAACCCAUGCCAGAUUCUUGUAGCAACUCCUGGAAGGCUUCGAGAUCAUAUUGAGAAUACUCCAGGAUUUGCUACUCAGCUGAUGGGCGUCAAAGUUCUCAUCCUUGAUGAGGCUGACCGUCUCUUGGAUAUGGGCUUUCGAAAAGAUAUUGAGAAGAUUGUGACUGCAGUUCCCAAACAGCGGCAAACACUUUUAUUUUCUGCAACUGUUCCAGACGAGGUCCGCCAAAUAUGCUACAUUGCUAUGAGAAGAGACCUUGAGUUUAUUAAUACAGUUGAAGAAGGGACUGAAGAAACACACUCACAUGUUAGACAGAUGCAAUUGGUUGCACCGCUUGAGAAACAUUUCUCGACAUUGUAUAGUGUUCUAACUGAACAUAUUUCAGAAAAUGCUGACUAUAAGGUUAUUGUGUUUUGUACAACAGCAAUGGUGACAAGGCUGGUGGCUGAUCUUCUUUCUGAACUAAAACUUAAUGUUAGGGAAAUUCAUUCUAGAAAGCCUCAGACUUACAGGACCAGGGUUUCUAAAGAGUUUAGAGAGUCAAAAGGUCUUAUUCUUGUCAGUUCUGAUGUUUCAGCGCGAGGAGUGGAUUAUCCAAAUGUGACAUUUGUCAUACAGUUGGGAAUCCCUGCUGACAGAGAGCAGUAUAUACAUAGACUAGGUAGAACGGGCAGGAAAGGCCAAGAAGGAGUAGGCAUUUUGAUGUUGGCACCAUGGGAGGAUUUCUUUUUAAGUAGCAUCAAGGAUUUGCCGAUAACAAAGGCUGAAGCACCGACAAUUGACUUGGACACAAGAAAAAAGGUGGAACGAGCACUUGCACAUGUAGAGCUGAAGCACAAAGAGUCGGCAUAUCAAGCAUGGCUUGGAUACUACAACUCUAACAAAAAAAUUGGCCGUGACAAAUCCCAACUCGUAUCUCUCGCCAACGAAUUCAGCCGAAGCAUGGGGCUCGACAAUCCACCCUCUAUAGCCAAAAAUAUACUCAGUAAGAUGGGGCUCAACAAUGUGCCUGGCUUGCGAGCUAGAUAGUCCUUUAUUGGUUUAUUAAGAAACAUCUUUUAUUUACAUUUUUUACACUUUCCCUCCCUACGAAAAACAGCUUGGUAAUUUUUAACACUUGUCAGUAGUGUAUUGUGCUCAGAAUGAGUGAGAUCUUGUAAUUUAGCAGAGUUUAUCACCACCUUUGGCAUGCCUAAACUAUAUGCAUAUUUUUAUAUCGAAUGUUAUUAACUGUCUGAAUAGCAAAUCUUUGUCGAGCAGAUUUUGGAAUCA